GAAAUUGUAUUUAUCACUAUUAGUGAAAGCUAAAGUAGUCAAUUAAAAAGACUUACCUGGCGGUUUCAAUUGGAGUGUGUUACAUAGCCUGUAUUGCUCAUUAUCAAAGAAUAAUAAAGGUUUAUUAUAUUUUUUGUUUACAAGGUGAGUGACUUUUCACUCUCGAUUCGGAUCGCAGCUAAAAAAAAUUAUUUUUUUUAAAUGCAGCGUUACCAUAGCAACAGCAUCCGGUGCGUUUCACCUCCUCUUGGAUACACAUCCCCGAGCCGCCUCCGUGAUUGGAUGAGCUCUCUUUGGAUGUCACUGGGGCAACCGAAUGAUGGGAAUUUUAACACAUGAACGGAAAUGUCGGCGACAAAUCUCACUGGCUGCCUCCGUGAGGCUGCCAUUUAGGCACGUGUGAGGUGUACAGAAAGCGGAAGCGCCCAUUGGGCUGUUCGCGUAUCCAUCUGACGAAGGAGGAUCCACAGGCUUUUCCUUUUUUCUUCUUUUCUUUUUUUUUGGUUCCUCGGUACGGGAGCCGAGUGGGGACCGGCUGGUAACGCAGCGGCCGCGGGUCUCCACCCGAGAGUAUGGCGGCUGGAAUCGCACUGGAGAGCGGGGGAGAAGCGGAGACAUGUCAGAGAUGGUGAAACAGAAACAAAGAGACGCAAGUUCUUUAACUGAAAGUCAGGGCACUUUAAUUUGGGAGAGUUUCUCUAAGGCGGUCUACAGCUUAAUAAAUCGCGCCUGCAGUUCAUUCCGAGGCUAAGCCAGCGUUUUCCCAGCGUCCUCGAUGGAGCAAGUUUGUUUUUUUAUGAAGUACAGAGAGGGGUGAGCUAAGCAGAUGAACACCCGCACGUUCAACAUCAUCGGGCGAGCUUCUUUUUCUCCCUUUGCGCAUUUUUCGGACACUUCCAGUCCUCGGAUGCUCGUAUAACUGUCAGUGUCUGGCCUGCAUGGGGGGAAUAUCUACAAUGAAAUCCAUCUUGGGGUGCCGAGUCUUUGUGCUCUGCCAUAGCUGAGCAGCAGCGAACAAGACUGUGUUAUUGACAGCCCGUUCAGAAUGGGACACGAAUGGUGAGCGUGAUUCGCACUGGAGCAUUUUGCGUUGAUUUCAAUGACGCGCGGAGAUUGAUACCUUACGACUUGAUUUAAAUCCCACGAUGCGCGAGUAUAAAGUGGUGGUCCUGGGCAGCGGUGGGGUCGGGAAAUCCGCCCUCACUGUGCAGUUUGUGACCGGGACGUUCAUUGAAAAGUACGACCCCACCAUAGAGGAUUUUUACCGCAAGGAGAUCGAGGUGGACUCCUCGCCCUCGGUGCUGGAGAUCCUUGACACCGCUGGGACCGAACAGUUCGCCUCAAUGCGCGACCUGUACAUCAAAAACGGUCAAGGAUUCAUAUUGGUCUACAGCCUUGUCAACCAGCAAAGCUUCCAGGACAUAAAGCCGAUGAGGGAUCAGAUCAUAAGAGUGAAAAGGUACGAAAAGGUUCCCGUUAUCUUGGUGGGGAACAAGGUGGACUUGGAAAGCGAGAGGGAGGUAUCAUCCAGCGAAGGUCAGGCUCUAGCCGAGGAGUGGGGCUGCCCGUUCAUGGAGACCUCGGCUAAGAGCAAAACUAUGGUAGACGAACUGUUCGCUGAGAUCGUUCGGCAGAUGGACUACGCCGCUCAGCCAGACAAGGACGACCCCUGCUGCUCCUCUUGCAAUAUACAAUAGCCCUGGGGAGGGGGGGGGAGGGGGGAGGGGGUACCAGGAACAGACCAGGCAAAAAGUCCACUUAGAGGGAACUUGUUUGACUUGCAGUGGACAGAUACACACUUAGACACACACAUGCACAUGCCGAUUAAACUGAAGAUGAAUUCACAGUUGAGCGCAAUGGAUACCAAGUCAGUGGAGCAUAACAUUUGCAGUGACACGAUUAAUAAGAAUAAUAACACGUGAGUAAUGCGUACAUUUUGAAUGAAAAUUGCCAGGAAUUUGCCGCAAAGGUAAUUGACAAAUGACAAACAGAACAUGCCCUCGCCUUAUUUUACACUUUUUUGUUUGUUUGAUUGUUGUUUAAGUUAUUCCGUUAUGAGGAAGCAAAUAUUGUCAGCAAAGAAUAACAGAUCGGGAUCUUUAUUCAUUAUAGCUUCCUAAAAAAUCUGCUAGAAAUAACUGUUGUUAUUGCAGUUUUCAGACACACCACUGAGACGCAUUUCCUGUUACCAUGACUCUGUUGCAAGUAGCUGCUGAACACACAUAACAGAUUUCUGAAGAAGCAUUUGAUUUCCAUUAUGUACAAUGUUGCUCCCAGUUUAAUUCGAGCAGAGGUUGGCGGAGGGUUUUUUUUUUCUACUCAUCACAGGGCUGAACCAAAAAGGUUCCCUGAAAGCGCCUCAAUGUUCUUAGUUUUAUUUUUUCUGCUGUUCAAAAAAAAAAAAAAAGAAAGGAAUGGAGAGAAAAAGGAUAAGUCGGUGUCUUUCUUUAAAAAAACAAAAACAAAAAAACAACGGUGCAAUCAUCUCUUUCCUAUUUUCUCACUUUGAGAUAUGAUAGUAAGCAUAGCGGAGUCUUUCACAUAUCGUGUGAUGUUUUGUUUUCCUCUCCGGGAGACUCUGACAGCAGAUUGCUGAGUAGUAAUAUAAGUAACCGCUUCAUCCUGACGGGACAAAGAGCGAUUUCAGUGUUUGAAUAUCUCCGCAGACCGUCUCUCCAAACUCUUUUCAGGAAUGGGUGACAUUUAAAGUGAAGAUGCCAACAUUUGUCAUACUUUUUUUUUCUUUUCGUCCUCUGGUAUCAAUAUGAAAUGUGGCGCUCCACAGUGAUGCCAUCCUUCAUGUGCUCAGAGUAUUCAAAUUCAUAGUAACAAAUAGCACCGACGGAGGCGGCGGUGAUAAUAAGAAUAAUAAAUGGUAGUGUAAAUAUUUUGUAUGGAAAAAGUGCCAGCUCCUAUGAAGACACUGACUCAACACAUGUGGAACUGUCAACUGUAUGCAUGGCUAGUGAACAAAAAAAAAGGACUCUUAUUGUCUGAGAUUACUGUAGGCUGUGGAGAAAAAAAACGUGCAAAUCAAACACAUACAUGUCUGGAUCUGGACACUGUCUCAACUGUACAUCUAUGUUGCCACGGGAAGCAGACUUUCCCCGUGUGACCAUUUUCAUUGUUGAUUUUAUAUUUUUUUAUGUGGCCAUUUACUCUUUAUCCCUCUCUGAAUGGUGACACUGUUACAUUUGACACCUAAACAAUAAAAGUGCGUUCAACACUAUCAGUGCGACUGGCGAGCUUCAGUGAAAUUAACUGAAUGGGAGGAAAAAUGUGGCUUAUAUUUUAAUCUCUUCUUUUUUUUUUUUUACAAAUCAACAAUUUGUAGUUUUCUGUUCAGCUGUGAGACAACUAUUCUAAUUGUAUAUAUGAUAUCCAAUUUGGAUAUACAGUGUCAUUGUUUAUUUGUUUAUAUCAUCAUCAGUUUUAAAACUUUGCCUGGCAUGAUGAAAAUUUGUCACAUGCACUACUAUUUUUCCUUCACCAGCGUUAGCCGAGCACAGUACUGAGAAAACUAUUGCUGAAGAUCAACUUGCAUUUGCCUACUUUGCCUGUGUCCAAUCAGGUAAUCAGGCUUUCAGACUUCCUCAAGUCUGAAAGCUGCGUCUUCCUGUUGAAAGUUUUGUACUGUUUUUAAUUCAUAUUCAUUAUUUUAUUUAUUGUCUAUGUUUUACACGUAUACAGCCUGACUCCCUGGUAAUUUGACCAAUCGUAGCUUUGAAUGUGUAGGGAAGCAGAUUAAGAAGCUGACUGGUUGAUUGGUGUGUCACUGUAGGUCAUCUGGUUAAGCAGGCAGUCCAUAUGCCAAAGGCUAAUGCUGGGGCCUGUGUCUGGCCGUGGCUUGCGUGUCAUUCCCCUGCACUCUUUCAUUUCUUUCUUGUCAACGCUAUCUGGCCUAAUAAAGGUUAAAAGCAAAGGGACAGGGGUGAUGACUACAUCCAAAAUCACAUUAUUCUGUACUAAUACAAUAAGGAGUAGAUAAAGCUUUAUUUUGACUCAUUUUGAGUCAUAUUGAGAGGUGUAGAGUUGCUCAGGCUGAUCUGUGGAAACAAAAACCGCCUUAAAAACAGCCACAUAAAAAACCACCAAAGCAAAGGUAAGUGAAAUGACCCAAAACAACCUGUAAGAAAUCCAAACAAUUCAGUGUUCUUAUAUGUGGAGUUUGGGUGCAUUAAAAUAUCUGUGUUCGGGGUUUCGUUGGAUCUCUACUCCAGUCUUGUCAGGAGGAGAAACUGUUGACUCCCACCUGCAGGACUCAAAGAUAAUUGCAAAGCGUCGUCUCGUUAGUCCAGCAGCACAUUGUUCUUACCAGAUUGCAAAAAGGAUCCAAAAUCAUUUGCUGUGAUUUUGAAUCGAACUCAUGCAAUGUGUGUGGUUUCUGGAUUCACUGGGACAGUCAGGGUGGGUUUUUUUACAGUCCAGGCUGGUCUGAAUAUGCCAGUACAUGUUCUUACUGUUUGUGAAGGCACUGAUCUUUCUGUUAUUUAAUUUUGUGCCAUACGCACUCUUCAGCAUCUGUGUGGAACACAACUGAGUGCUACUACUUUGUUCAUGUUCUUAAUUGGAUUUCUUUUUCUCCAGAUAAUAGUUUUUUUGUAGCAACAGUGAGUCAAAACGCCUCAAUCCCCAAAAAAUAAAAAAAGAAUGACUUCCCUCUGCAUUGCAUUGGCACCGAGAGAGGAAGAAAUAGACUAUAAUUUAUCAUGAAUUAUUACAAAAUAUUAAUAUUUAAUCCAGCCAUUUUUUUAACCUCUUUUAGGUUCAUGGGCAGGCUGGAUCCUCUGCCGGCUCCCAGCUGACACUGUGUGAGAGGCCUGGUUUUCCUGUACAUCCAGUACUUGACAGUCAUUUUUGUCUUGAGAGUCAUUUAGGUUCACAUCCACAUCUACAGCCACAAUAAAGCAUUAACUUAAAACCAAAUGGUACUUGUUCAAGUGUUCUUUGAGUAACUAGGAUUUCAGUUGCCAAGAGUUCAGAUACACAUGAGGUAAUCCCUCGUGUCAAAGGCAAUGCACCAAAAGCUGUAUCUGAAGUUAUAUGGUUUGAGGAGAUUGAUUUUUUUUUUAAUGCUGACUCCUUUUUUUUCCCCCUUAGUUUGCCUCAGUGGGUCUUUGAGAUUGUUCUAAAUCACUGAUGCAGAGUAGAAGUGGCAGUGGGGGGAAACACUAGUUAAUAGAGCUGGAGAAGUGAGAGUCAGCAUGUCCUCUGAGACGCUUGUCAGCAUCCACCUUCAGGCACCUGAUGUAAGGACAGUCUCAAUCUCUGAGUUGCUUUAUCCGCCCUGAUGAGACGGUGGGCAGAGGGCUGAAGGACCUGAAGAUGAUAGGUCUCAGUGGGGUUCAUUAGGAAGCAGUAUCCCUGUUCAGCAGCAGCCUUUGUGUUUGUGGAAACAUUUAGUUAAAUGAGGUACAAUAUCCUUAUUGUUCAGUGAAAGAGUUUUAAUGAGAAUGGAUCACCUAAUGGCUCGCAUGUAUCAGCCUAAUAGCUGUGGUGCAGUGUUGCCUCAUGAACUGUGUUGUGUUUUUUAAAUUAUCUUUGUGCACUCCCUUUGCCCUUUCCCUCAACUCCUUGCAGAGCUGGAGCUAGAAUAACUUUCAAGGAAUUUGCGGCAGCGUUGUGGGACGCUGAAUUCUCAGCGGGAAACGAUGUGGAAAAUAUAAAUAAAAUCAGCUUGAAAACAACCCCCCCCCCUCCCGAGUUUCCCAGUGUAGGUGUAUGAAUUAAAUAGGCGCUGACUCAUCGUUACCUGCUCUCAGCUCUGUAAGCCAGGGGCUCAGAGGCACAGACAUCGCAGCUGUGACACAGCACGCUGUGUUUGUUCCAGCUGAGAUCCUCUACAUCAGUAUGUCAAAUGUCAAGAGGAAGAAGAGGGGGCUGAAUGAGUCACUCCACCACCAACGCCAUCCCCACCUCCCGCAAGGGUGCAGCAGGAUAUCUGUGUGGGAUACAGCAGCAGUACAUGGCAAAAAAAAGGCCACAUGGUGCUGCUUCAGCCUCUUUGACUCCAGGCCACGCUAAGUUCAGGAGCAGAAGGAACACCCUGUCUGCCAGCCCAGAGGUUUUGAGGAUGAAGGAGAUUCCAAUGCACACACCACACAAAGGAGCCUUUAAAUUGCUUUAAUCCUCUCAUUGAUCAGUGGAGCAUUAAAGUCUCAAUGUGGUCCAGACCGGGGUUGUAAUGUGUGGAAAUUAGGCUUUUAUGCUUCUGCAGCACAGAACAAUUGUUUAGAUCAAUUGGCUCUGAUGUGAAAGUGCCUUUAGGGGAAUUGCUCUGUCAUGAUGUGGAUCUGCAUGCUGUGCUGUCCUGUUUAAGGUAUCAUCUCGUGCCUGCCUGGGUUUUUUUUUUUU